AACUGCCGCUCUUCCCGCCCGAGGACGGCCAGGCGGUCGGCGACCAGCCGGCCAAGUAUCUGCUGCAUCCCUCGGGCCGUUUGGUCAUCUUCCACGCGACCAGGGCCGACGAGGGCCAGUACACAUGCACGGCACACUCUUCCGUCAACACUGUCUCCUCGUCCGCUCUGCUCCGUGUCCUACCGGCGCGCCACAGACCGCCUGUACCACCGCCAGGCGUCUUCCGGCCCGGCCAGUCCGGCCAACACGGACAACCGGGCCACCUCGACGGGCUCGGUCUCCUCUCGCCCCGGCUCGACGAUGUCAUCGCGCCCGUCAUCAUCUUGCCGCCGGCCAACCAGACACUGUUGCUAGACCAAACGGCCACGCUUCAAUGCGACCUCGGCGCGACACGACAACCCAACGGCCUGUUGCCCGGCGCUGCCGGUCGCUCGGGCGUCGUCGUCGGGCCUCGGGUCGUCUGGUUGCGUGCCACUCGCGCCACCGGCGGUCUUCACGAGCAGUUGGACGAGGCGACGCCCAACAACCGGUACCUCGUCAAGCCGGACGGCAUCCUGCAGAUCCUCCGUCUCCAGCCGACCGACGCGGGCCGCUACACCUGCCUGGCCAGCGUGUGGCUGCCCGGUCCGGCCGGCCAGACGGGCUCGGCGCCGGCCGGACUCGGACCCGGGGCCGGUGGGCCGCCGCUGUUGUUGCAGUCCAACUGGACGGCCCAAUUGUCGGUGGUGGCGCACCAGUCGCUGGUGCAUCCGGUGCCGGCGCCGCUGCCGCCUCCGCGCAAUCUCAUGGCGACCAACGUGACGGCGACCAGCGUGAUCCUGGCCUGGGAGGCGCCGAUGAUGCACGACUCGCCGCCACCGGGCGAGCCCAGCAUCACCUACUGGGUCGAGCUGUACCGGCCCGAUGUGCCCGCGUUGGGCUGGCAGGUGGUCGAGAAGAACUGGCCGGCCAGCACGGUCCAACUGGGCGAUCUCAAUCCGCACACCGUCUACUACUUCCUGAUCCGGCCGCGCUGGCGCCACGGCCGGGUCGGCUGGGCGUCGGCGCCGCUCGGCCCGGUGCACACGCUGGCCGAGGUCGAGUCGCGCGCCGGACUCGAGGCCAGACCGCAGCUGACCAAUCAGGAGGUGAUCCGCCUUAUCCAGCGCCUCGACGUACAUCAGCUUCACGUGCGCCCGGUGGCGGCCACACGCGUCCAGGUCGCCUGGACGGUGCAGGAUCACGCGGCCGUCCUCAGCGUCAUCGGCGGCUACUCCAUCCGGUACCGAGAGGUGGCGCUGAUGCGCUGCGUCGCCUCGGGCCGGCUCAACGAGCCGCUGACCGACAGACUCGGUGCCGGGCUGGCAGACGAGGCUGGCGACAGUUCGGUGGCCGUGUCGUUCAGUCAAACGGCCGAGAACGACUUCUGCAGCCUCCGACCGGGCCCCGAGACGGGCGUGGCCGAUCCGCGUCAAUUGCUGGCCAGUCUGCGCUCCAUGCAACAGUUGAUACAGCUCGAGGAUCACAUGGCCGAACUGCACGCCGCGACCAGGGCGACGGGAUCGGAUGAAAAGACGGCCGGCCUGGAGCCGGUCAAGCCGGAGGCGGCUCGAACUCGCGGCCCAAUCGAGCGCAGCAAAGAUGUCAAGCCGACGCAUCGAGGCCUCGGACUUUCGGCCUCUUCCAGACACGCAGGCGGAAUGGAUCCCGUCGCCGAGGUGAUUCGGCAUCAGGAGCAGGAGCUGUUGCGUGAUCUCGACCCUUUCACCUGCUACGAGAUCGAAGUGGAGCCCUACUCGAUCAACUCACUCGUCGGCAAUGUGAAGGGCCGCGAAAGCGUCUCACGCACUGUGCUUACCUACGAAAGCCCGCCGGGUGCGCCACCGCAACGUCUUCGGGGCGUGUGGAUCUCGAACUCCAGCCUCCGUCUGAGCUGGUCACCUCCACGGGCUCGGACGUGGAAUGGCCUGCUCAAGGGCUACUUCGUCUUCGUCUACGACGAACAGACAAAGGGUCAUCGCAAGUUGACGGUGCAUCGAGACCAACGCGAAAUCCUCCUCGAACGCUUGGCCUCGCCUCGCCAUCUCUACGUCGUCCAGAUGGCCAGCGAGAACUGCAAAGGAGGCGGAGGUCGCAGCGAAGCGCUCGAGCUGACGCCUCGUCUCCGACACGUCGGGCUCGGCGUCGGCUGGGGCUUUGACCCGGACACCGGUCUCCCUCUCGGCCCGGAGUCGACCGCCUCGCCUAGGUUGUCGUCCGUUUCCACCCUAGCAACCGCAGACGGUCAGGCCAUCUUCUUUCGCCAGCCAUGGUUCAUUGGCACAAUAGUCGGCUGUCUCCUGCUCUGGGCGCUGCUGAUGAUGCUCAUCUCGUAUCGUUGCUAUCGCCAGCACAACGGCCACCUGUUGAAGAAGCAUGCGGCUGGGCUGUCCGACGACAUUGCGUCUGGCGGCUACCAGAGCCACCGUCGUCUCCACCAGCAGCACAGCCUGCAUCACACAAGCCACUCGCCACAGGCAGAGAUGGCCCCCACCACGCUGGGCAGUUGCAGCACCGCCACCGUCUCCGGCCUGAUCGGAGAGCUCAAUCAGACCGGCUCACUGUACGCCAACGACAAGGACUCCUUCCAAUUGGAGCCGUUGUUGAAGCCUUCGCCAAGGUUGCUGCACCAGCCCCCAGCCACGCUGGCACCGUCAAGCCUAGCAUCCUCUACCCUUCUCAUCACAACGCCACAAUCUCCUCAGAUUGAAGCGCACGCCGGCGGUCGGCAUCACUCGCUCGUCAACGGGCUCCAUUACCCCUCCGUCCCCCUGGAUACAGGUCAUCCCGGGCCGGCUAUAGCCUACACCAACAACAACAACAACAACAACAACACAACCACCACCACCACGACCGGAGGCUAUGUGGCUGAUCCGCAAUUGGCCAGCGCCAUGCUGGGUCUGAUGCAGACGAGUCACAUCAAUCUGCAACAGCCAGUUAGCACGGCAACCAGUUGUCAGGCGGCAGUCUCACUGCCGCUACAGUUGCCGGCCUCCUCGGCCGCCUCGAUGUCGGCACUCAAACAGGCCCAUCAGCUGAUCGCUCAGGCUCCGGUCUACUCGACCUACAGCAAUUUGGCCGGGCCAUCUGACAGUCCCAUGGCUUCGGGUCAUCCGCACUCGGUUGCUGGGGCCGACGGCGCUGGCCAGUCGGCGCCACAGCACCCCAGCAACACUGGCCUCCCGAUGGUGGCACCGGUCGCCCAGCCGGGACUCGACUUUCUUUGCGCCACCUCG